AUGUGGGAUUUUCUCUACGCUGUGCUUCUCCUCGCCAACUCUCUCGCUGUUCUAAACGAGCAGCGGUUUCUUGUACCAUAUGGGUUAGGUUUCCAUCAACUCUCGAAUGGACCAACGGCGCCGCUCAAGGUGCAAGUGGUCGGACUGAUACACGCGGUUCAGUAUUUACGGGUGCCAUUGAUUGCUGCCAACAUCGUUACGAUAUUCUUCAAGCUUCUGUUUGCGUAA